AUGAACCAUGUGAAAAGUUCUAAAGAAGAUGAAGCCAUAGAAUGUACGGAAAUUACUGAGUUGGAAUAUGAUGACACAGAACUUGUUGAUGAGUUACCAGACCAUAGUUGCCUUGCUGACGAUGAAAUACCAAGAGUUAGGAUGCGGUUUGAGCAUUUGAAGUUGGCCCAGGAUUUUUAUGCGACCUAUGCAAAAAAAGUUGGUUUCAUAAGUAAGAUAAGGGCCACAAAUUUUGAUAGGAUGACAAAGCAACCGAUCAACCAAUCUAUCUAUUGCAAUCGGGAGGGUUUCCGGGAGUCUCGUGUCAAGGCACCCACACAGAAGAACACAAUGGCAGGUGUGGGAUGCAGAGUAAGAAUAUAUGCAAAGUUUGAUAGGAAAAAGCAUGAUUGGGUCUUGUUGAAGGUUGAACUAAAUCACUCACACCUGUGUUCAACUAGGAAGGCGGUGCACUACCACGAGAACAGGGAGUUAACAAUGCAUGUGAAGUGUACCAUUGAGGUUAAUGAUGAGACGGGCAUUCGACCCAACAAGACCUUUCUAGCAUUAGCCAAUGAGGUUGGUGGGCCUUCGAACUUGGGCUUUUCAGAGAAGGACGUCAGGAAUUACAUUUCAUCAAGACUCCGAUCCACAAAUGUCAACGCAGAUGUCAAGGAGAUGCUGAACUACUUCAUGCGAAUAAAGGAGUUGAAUUCGAACUACUUUUACGCAGUGAAUAUAAAUGAGGAUAACAAGUUUACGAGUACAGUUUGGGUGGAUGCAAGGUGUAGGGCAUCUUAUGAAUACUAUGGAGAGGUGAUUUCAUUUGAUACCACAUACAGCACGAAUCGGUAA